AUGAUUCUGAUAUUGGUUCUUGGAAUGGCAUUUUCCUAUCCGCUAUACCUCGACUCAUUUACCAACAAACCUAUCAGAAUCUUGGCAGCAGAGUAUCAUCUUCUUGUCUCCGAACUCAAAAGAGACUUUGGAUCAAACCCUUUUAGAGCUGUGGAUGAGCUUAAUUUAACUUACGGACAUAACACAAGAUCUCAGAUCAACAGGAAUGGACGAGUCUUUAAGAUUCGUGUUGGAGACUCCUGGUUGUGUCGGAAGGGUAGGGAUCUUCUUAAAUGCGAGGACAGCAUAGAUUUCUGGGAAAUAUCCAAGAGUGGAGAUGGAUUCACUGUAUCCCAGGAAGGAUAUUGCCUUAGCACUAGGGAUGAGAAUAAACUUGUGUUGGAGAGGUGCAACGGGAGAAGUAGAAGUCAUGUCUUCCUCUUUGAAGAUAUGGGUGUUGAAAGUUGUCUGGAUUCGGUCGAUCUAAACGCAAAGCCUAGAACUGAGGCAGAAAUGGUGCAACAGCUCAAGCUCAAAAAGAAAUUAGAAAACCUGGGAAGGAAAAAUAGAGAUGAGGUAGAAAAGAUUAAGAAGAACCUGGAGGACAAGAAUGACUUCUCGAAGUAUGCCAAAAAAAACCUUCCGGACCUUGAUGGAAAGGAUGAUGUAAAGGAUGUCCUUCGCAAGUUAUGGGAUUUUAAUUGGAGGAGGCCCAAGUUCGGUCCUUCCAGCUUCUCCAUGCCUUGGUUUAGUUUCCCGUUUUGUAAGAAGUUGUGGUAA